UCUCAACGAGUCCAUUUCCUUCUCUCUCUAUCUCUUGCUAAAUUUGGCAUACGAUUCUCUCUCGCUUCGAAAAGUCGCGCAUCUUAGGGUUUUCUUUUCCCUUUUCCUCGUCUUCUCGCGUUCCUUCCAUUGGUCGAUCGACGAUCGCUGCUGCUGCUGCUGCUGCUGAUUCAUUGGAGUCGUCGCCGAUCGCGUAAAUCAGGGAUCGGAUAUUCUCCCCGGGCUUCCGCUGCUUUAGCGUGAGCAAUUUCCUCGGCUUCUUUUCCCGGCGAUCGUUGUUGUUGUUGUUGUUGUUGUUGUUGUUUUUGUUUUAUUUUUCUCGGGAGUCGAUCGAAUCUCGGGUCGAUCAGGUCGUUUCUUGCGGAAUCGCUUCGGUUGGCUGAAGCGGGGGGUUGCCGGAGGUUGAUCUGGGGUAGCGGCGCGCGGCGGUGCGGGGACGGUUUGUAGUCGUUCCGAUUCGGAAACGAAGCGGCGGGCGCGGCGUUUUUGUGGGGGAGGGGUGAUUCUGAUUUAGUUGGGGGCGGUUUGAUUGGUCGUUCGCGGGUGGUUUGGGAGUGGUGAGGUGAUUUGGGUCUGUUACCGUUGGAAAAUUAGAUUUGAGCGGCGUUGAUUUGUGCGAACUGAGGGGAUUUGGGGGAAUUUUGGGAGCGGGUUGGAUUUUUACGUACUUUUUUGGGUCGUUAGUUUGCGAGGGGAAACAAGUCGGAAGCUUUCGGGGUUUGCUUGCUGGACGUUCUUGCGGGAGUUGCUCAAUAAUUCGAGGUAUUUCCUUUGGAUUUUGGAGUUCGUUGGGGCACUUGCGUGGCGCACAUAAGGGAAUCUGAAGUUGGAAGUCCAAGCCAAGAGCUUGUGAGUUAAGAAAUUUUGCUGGGUUGGUUUGAUCUAUGAUUUUGGAGGAAAUAUGGCUGCUGGUGCAGAUUUAUCUCGUCCAUUCACGGUUUUAGAAGGUGGUUACAAUAGGGAAGAUACAGCUGAAGAUGAGAAUUUGGAGAGUGCGAGACAGUUGGCGAGCAGGAAACCUCCGAGGCACCUCUCGGUAAUGCGGCAUUCUGUGGGCUCUGCAAGGUUCCUUGCUGCAUCUGACUUUGAAUCCGAUGUGGGCAUUUUUGGAAGUAAGUCUCCUGAUGAAAAAUCAGAAUUUGUACCUGUAUUCCGCUCUGGAAGUUGUGCUGAAAGAGGGCCUAAGCAAUUCAUGGAAGAUGAACACAUUUGCAUCGAUAACCUUGCUGAACAGUGUGGGACAAUGUCGGGCUGCCCCACUUCUGGAGCUUUUUAUGGGGUGUUUGAUGGUCACGGAGGUACGGAUGCAGCAUUGUUUGUUCGGGAUAACAUCCUAAGAUUUAUAGUUGAGGAUUUGCAUUUUCCAGCUAGUGUGGAGAAUGCCAUUAAAAGUGCCUUUCUGAAAGCAGAUUAUGAGUUUGCUGAUGCCAGUUCAUUGGAUAUCUCUUCUGGAACCACAGCUCUCACUGCUCUGAUUUUUGGACGAACUAUGUAUGUUGCUAAUGCUGGGGAUUGUCGUGCUGUUCUGGGGAAAAGAGGGAGAGCUAUUGAGCUUUCCAAGGACCACAAGCCCAAUUGCACAUCUGAAAAGAUAAGGAUUGAGAAACUCGGAGGGGUUGUUUAUGAUGGCUACCUCAAUGGCCAGUUGUCUGUGGCCCGUGCCCUUGGAGAUUGGCACAUGAAGGGCCCAAAAGGUUCUGCUUGUCCUCUCAGCGCAGAGCCGGAGUUGCAGGAGACUCACUUGACCGAAGAUGAUGAGUUCUUAAUCAUGGGCUGUGAUGGCCUGUGGGAUGUGAUGAGCAGCCAGUGUGCUGUUACGAUAGCAAGGAAAGAACUGAUGUUGCACAAUGAUCCCGAAAGGUGCUCGAGAGAGUUGGUCCGGGAGGCACUGAAGCGUAAUAGUUGUGACAAUUUAACUGUCAUCACUGUUUGUUUCUCCGAAGAUCCUCCACCACGGAUUGAGAUUCCUCCUUCUCGAGUCCGAAGGAGCAUAUCAGCGGAAGGUCUGAAUUUGCUGAAGGGUGCAUUGGAUUGUAAUGCAUGAGCAACAGGAAUUUGCCAAAAGCGAGAAGAUCUGCAGUAGCCACUGAGGGGGAUCAUGCUCCCUGCUUUCAACACGGAUGACACGCUGGAAGUUGCACCAGUUAAUGCGACAGACAUGAGUCCCACUCAGAAGUGAGCGAGAUGAUCCCUCCGAGUUAAUUCGAUUCUUCAUGAUCUUGGGAGUUGCCGCUCGUAUGUGAUUAUUUAUGUUGUAACGAUUUGAAUUCUUUUUCCCCCUCAUUUAUGUGGUUGCCUGAACCACGAUGGAUGUUCACCAUUCGAGCAUUGUAAAUAGUUGGAAGUUGAAAAACAUGAUGGCUCUGUUUUUCUGGUCUUCAAGUUUUGGGUAACCUA